AUGGCCGUUCCAGAAAGUAUGACUACUCUCAACCUGAGUGGCAAAUUUUCAAUCAACAAAACGCUGAGCCAUCCCCCCGAAGAGAUCUUGGAGCUUCAAGGUGUGGCCAUGCUCAAACGCAAAGCCAUGGGCGCCGCUACACUCACAGUUAACAUGAAGCAUUACAAGAACGACAGUGGGAAGGAAUGUCUCAGCCUCGAGCAAACCAUUGCAGGCUUAGACCUAGGGGUGCCAGAGGAGAAAGUCCUUGACUGGGUAGAGCAGACCAGAGACACGAAGCUGAUCGGCACCGUGGUGACGAAAGCCAAGAGGGUAAAAGUCGACGAAGUCGAGAAUGCCUACCUGAAAGAGGGAUGGAGCGCUGAUACUUUGGAGAAUGGAUGUAUCAUGGUUCAUGUCACUCCCGAGGGAAAGGAUAGCUGGUCUGCUGAACAGACUUGGGGCAUCGGCGAGGUGAAGGGCGAGAGACGCCAUGUCAGACGCAUUGCUUUCACUGGACCCGACAAGAAGCUCGAGCACCAGUUUGUAUAUGACUACCUUGGAGAGAAUUAA